AUGAAUAAACAAAUGACUACACAGGAAUCUGCAAAUGUUCAAAUAGAUUUAUUGCACGAAGUGAUCAAUGAUUGUUGGAUGCCAUCUGACUCAACAUCUACGAAUUUGAUUAUUGAUGAUGACGAAAUUCAACGAAUUUAUGCCGACUUGUUAACUGUGGAAAAUCUCACGGAUCUUUGGCCGAACUCAUUUUCAGAUUUCCCAGAAAAAGACCAGUAUAAUUUUGAUAAGCAAUAUGAUUCUGGAUCACCGUCAUCAGGUAGCAUGACUCCAUCGCCCUCUUCGGAUGAUUUAGAUGAUGAAUCUUUCAAUUAUCAAGAAUGGUUGAGAUACGACCGAUCACUAUGCAAACAUCGUGCACCAAAGUUAUUGGAGUUUCUUUAUUUAUUGUUGGAAAACACGCGUUACAACUCAUAUGCUUCAUGGUUAGAUAGAAGUCAAGGUCUAUUUCGAAUAUAUAAACCAGAUGAAGUUGCUCGUCUUUGGAGAAAAGUCAAAGUUCGCCGAUCAAAUGGUUCGAUGAAUUAUGAUACAUUUUCCCGUGGAAUUCGAUAUUAUUACAAAUCAGGUCUAAUGAUCAAAACUCACACAAAACACACUUAUUGUUUUGCUAAAGUGUGGGAUAUGUCAAACUAA